CUCUGUAGCAAUAGCUGGUGUACUCCAAUAAACCUAAUUAGUUCAUACAUUUUUCCGAAAAUAUAUUAUCAUAACCCAAAUGUUGAAUCAAUUAGUUUCACUGUUCUUGAUCUCGGUUUCUUUAUUAUGUUUCUGAUUGGCUGGAGAUAAAAGUGUGGCAUUAAUUAAUAGCACAGGACUCCAGUUUCUAGUAUAAAUCCAUACGCUAAUCCCAGUUCCACCAGCUGCUACACAAGCCUACUUAUUUUGUCUUCCUUUUUCCUUGUAAUGGCUGGUAUAGAAGGGGAAGGAGAGAGAAUGAUCAAGAAUCAUGAGUUGUUUCACAAGGCCAUGAGAGGCGACUGGGAUGAAGUUGUGAAGAUAUAUAGAAGCGACAAAAGGGCUCACAAGGCCAAGAUCACCAAGUCAGGAGACACCGCAUUACACAUAGCUGUCUCCGAUGACAAAGAAGAGAUAGUCGAAGAAGUAACAGCAGAAAUAAGGGCCAAUGGAGAAGAAGGCGUGGAGGCUCUUAAAGUGAAGAACGAGCAAGGGAAUACUGCUCUUCAUGUUGCUGCAUCAAUGGGGAGUGUGGGAAUGUGUCAAUGCAUUGCUGAAGUGGAUAAAUCAUUGGUGGGUGUUCGUAAUGAAGAUGGCGAGACCCCAUUUUUCUUGGCUGCGGUCCAUGGUAAAAAAGAAGCCUUCCUUUGUCUUCUCAGAAUCUGUGGUCUCGGGGAAGGUCUUCUUUAUUCCCGGAGAAAUGAUGGUGAGACUAUUCUUCAUGUUGCCAUAGCUGGAGACUAUUUUGAUUUGGCAUUUCAAAUAAUACACUUGUUUGAGAACCUAGUAGACUCUGUCAAUCAGCAUGGAUUCACCCCUCUCCAUCUACUAGCGGCCAAGCCUUCCGCUUUCAGAAGUGGUAGCCACUUUGGACGAUGCCAAACAAUCAUUUAUCACUGCAUAUUUGUUGAUGAGCUCAAGGUGGAAGUAUCGAAUUGUCAACCAAUUGUAUCAAGAAAGAAUCCCAAUGACAGAAAGGAUCCGUGCUAUCCGGAGAACUACAAGACAUGCGCCAACUUCUUCGGAUUGGUAGGGAAAGCGAUUCCAGUUGCACUCGGUUUGAAAGGAAAGAAAGGAGCUCAAAAUCAAACAAAUGCAGACCUUGAAAGACAAAAGCCGCGACAUUCAGAUCACCAGCCACCAAAAGCGGAGACAUCAACGGAAUCAACAAAUAACAAAAACAGUGGAGUGUUUAAAGAUGUCACAACCAUUGGAGAGAAUGGAGCUCAAACAAUUCCAGUUGAAAGAGAUGAAGGAGCUUGGAGGGAUCACUUAUUCCCACCUAAUUACGUCACCUGUUUUGAAUUUGUCAAGCUUGCAUGCAAGGCACUCCUGGUCGUUCUUGGACAAGGAUCUACCAAGAUAAGAAAGAUACAGGAUAAGAAAGAGAAGCACACGUGGUCCGUUCAGAUCAUGAAUGAACUUCUUCAACGUGUUUCCUCGUAUGAAGAUCAUGUUAACACUGGGACGACCCCUGCGCCAGAAGUGACAUCGCCAACAGAGGGCGAGACACGGCCUUAUACUAUUGCUGAAGGCAGCGUCACCAACAGCCCCACUUUCUGGAAAGAGCAGGAGCCAAAUACACAGAAAGACAAGAGCAAGGAAAGUGAGGGUGAAGAUAAGACUGGAGAAGGUAUAAACAAACCCCCUGGAGGGGCAAAGAACGAGACUACCAUAUUAAUUACAGCUAAAAGUGGUGUCACCAAAAUUGCGAAGAGCAUCCUGGAACAUUUUCCGGUUGCCAUACAGGACAUGAAUGCAGACAAGAAGAGUCUAACGUUGUUGACGGUGCAGAAAAGGCAACCACAUGAACUUUUGAACGGGACGGGAAAAAACCAUGAAAUGAAAAAGAGGGAAACUCCCAUAUUAAUUGCUGCUAAAAACGGAAUCACUGAAAUUGUGGAGAAAAUCCUGGAACGUUUUCCGGUUGCCAUACACGAUAGGAAUGCAGAGAAGAAGAAUAUAGUGUUGUUGGCGGUGGAGAACAGGCAACCGCAUGUAUAUAAACUCCUGCUCAAAAGAAAUAUCUUAAAAGACACAGUGUUUCGAGUGGUAGACAACGAAGGAAACAGUGCCUUGCAUCUGGCGGCAAAGCUUGGAGACUAUAAGCCAUGGCUAAUUCCUGGUGCAGCAUUGCAAAUGCAGUGGGAAAUCAAGUGGUACGAGGUAUGA